AUGUUGUCGUUUUCCACAAGGCGUCCACGGACUGCUAAGAAAAAUGUAGUAGAUCACAUACCUCGACCUGCAAACGCGUUCAUGUUGUUUCGCUCGGAUUUCCUGAAACAAAGGCAUAAGCCAGGAUCCCUUGAGAUCAACCACUGUUCACUGAGUAAAACAAUUGGCACUCGGUGGAAACUAUUAACAGAUGAAGAAAAAGCUGUGUGGUACAGCAAGGCCACAAUCGAGAAAGCAAAACAUCAAGAAAUGUUCCCUGAAUAUCGAUAUCGACCGUCAUACAGGAAG